CAUCGUUCCAGAUCAAACUCUGAAAAGUCGCAAGCGAAGCGAAGGGUAAUUAUCGCCCUCUUUUCUCACCUAGACGAGGCGAGCACUCUGUUCUCGCCGAGACUCGAGAACGCCACUCGGUGGUUCCAUUUUGGGAUGCCCUCAUCGCACGACGAUUAGGGGAAAAGCGUUGAGCUACCCGAUCACUGCGGAGGAGACAAUGUACAGUGGUCCUAGCGGAGAAGGCGGCGGCGGCCACGAGGCCGCCGCGCCGAAGAAGAUUCCGUCCGCAUCCUCCAUGCCUUGGGUACGCAACCUUCGCCGCUACGUCGGAUCCGGCGCCGGACUUGGCUCCGAAGCCCUCAUGGAGCUGGAAACGAAAAGGAUAUUGCUUGAAAUUUUCAAAGAGCGGCAACAGAAAAAUGCUAAAGCUGGCAAAAUCCCUAGUUUCUACAAAAAGAAGCCUGAAGAGGGAUCAAUUAGUCAUAGGGUUCAGGGAUUGGCAAAGUAUCGAUUUUUGAAGAAGCAAUCAGAAAUUUUACUGAAUGCUGAUGACCUGGAUGCUAUGUGGGCUUGCUUAAGGGAAAAUUGUGUUAUUGAUGAUGCUACUGGAGCUGAAAAGAUGAACUAUGAAGAUUUCUGUCACAUUGCCUCUCUCUGCACAGAGCAAAUUGGUCCCAAGUGUCGAAAAUUUUUUAGCCCUUCAAAUUUCAUGAAAUUUGAGAAGGAUGAAUCUGGCAGAAUUGCAAUCCUGCCUUUCUAUCUAUAUGUGAUGCGAACGGUUUCACUUACGCAGGCAAGAAUUGAUAUGAGUGAGCUUGAUGAGGAUUCAGAUGGUUUUCUUCAACCUCAUGAAAUGGAGGCAUAUAUAAGAGGUCUUAUUCCUAAUUUGGCACAACUCCGUGACAUGCCUGGAGCCUUUAUUCAGAUGUAUUGUCGAAUUGCUGCACGCAAGUUCUUCUUCUUUUGUGACCCUCAUAGACGAGGAAAAUCAUGCAUAAAGAAGGUGCUGCUGAGCAACUGUCUCCAAGAGCUCAUGGAACUUCAUCAGGAAAGCGAAGAAGAAGUUCCUGACACAGAGCAGGCAGAGAACUGGUUUUCAUUGACUUCUGCACAGAGGAUAUGUGAUAUGUUUCUUGCUUUAGAUAAAGACAAGAAUGGAACAUUAAGUAAGCAAGAGCUCAAAGAAUAUGCCGAAGGGACACUAACUGAAAUCUUUAUUGAGAGAGUCUUUGAUGAGCAUGUACGCCGAAGUAAAGCUGGAGGGGGUAAUACUCGUGAGAUGGACUUCGAAAGCUUUCUAGAUUUUGUUUUGGGCCUUGAAAAUAAAGACACACCUGAAGGAUUAACAUACUUAUUCAAAUGCCUUGAUCUUCAAGGACGGGGCUAUCUUUCAACUGCGGAUAUGCAUACCUUGUUCAGAGAUGUUCACCAAAAGUGGAUCGAUGGUGGAAACUACGAGCUAUGCAUUGAAGACGUGAGAGACGAAAUCUGGGACAUGGUCAAACCAGUAGACCCUCUUAGGAUCACACUUGCCGAUCUUCUUGCCUGCAAGCAAGGCGGUACAGUCGCCAGCAUGCUAGUGGAUGUACGUGGUUUUUGGGCCCAUGACAACAGGGAAAACCUACUGCAGGAAGAAGAACCUGAGGAAGAAUGAUUUUUUCCCAACGGGACUAACUCAGUUUAUCUGGUGAAAUGGUAACUGUACUAUUAAGAUUAAAUGAACUGCUUGUCUCUGUGUCAUUGUGGUCGGAAAGUGAAUCAAAAUGACUCUAGUCCAUUUCAGACUUGUAUACUUGGGGAGACAAAACAAAUGCUAGGCACCCUGUUGUUUCUCCAGCGUUUUGGUAUUAUGUUGUUACCAUGCCAUGAAGUGUCACGCCAACGUAUGGUUGCACUUGAUGAUCUUGUCAUGACGUUAAUGGCUGCAACUUGUAAGUCAGGAGAAUCCUUUGCACACCCAAAUCCAACUGAUUAGAUUCAUGAUAUACA